GGCGGGAUGGAGUCGAUGGACGAGGCGAAGAAGGAGCGCCGACGGCUCGUGCUGCGCCUCCGCAACCGCGUCAAGCAGAAGAAGCGUCGGGAUCGGUACCUCAGCGAACGCGAGCGGCUUCUAGCGCAAGUGACCGAGAUGCGGUCGGUGCUCACGGAGCUUGGGCACAAGCAGGUCGUGCCCACGAGCUUGCUGCCAUGGAAGGACGUGGCCGGCAGCCUCGCGCAGGCCAGCGUCGAGGCGCGCCUCUCGCUCCAAGUGCUGCGCGACCGGUGCGAGGCCAUGUACCGCCUUGGCCGCGUCAUGUCGGCGUGGGUCGGGUCCAUGUCCCGCCGCAACAACGUGCCGGACGUGGAUCGGCCAUUCACAUCGACGCCGAUCGUGCUGCUCGCCGACGCAGCGUCCCGCAAGCUCGGCCUCGACUGGUUCACGCAGCACAUGUACCACAACACGGACCGCAUGCAGCAGCUUUGCGCCUUUCCGAGCGCGGGCACCGUCCGUGAUAUCUCUGUCGUCGACCACGAAAACGGCGUCUCGGACAUCCUUGGGCGUAUUCAGAUCGACUGCGACUUGCCGCUCGAGGCAACGUACGCAGCACUCCACGAUAAGAUCUGGGACGAACUCCGCGGCGACACGCAAGCCGCCAUGUCCGAGUUCCUUGACGGCGAUCUCAUCAAGAGCAUCGAUGCCAAGAUGGUGUAUCGACGUACAGCGCUCACAGCUGAAGAAAGCAACUACUACGUCUGCCGCGAGUUUGUGACCCAAGACCGGAUCGUGUUUCUGUUUGGGAAUUUCAGCCAAGACGCACUCCAGCCCGAGAAUGUCCGGUGGCGCCCCCGCAUGUUUUGGUACGUAUUGUCAUAUUGUGCGAUAGAAAUAAGGGAUUCAUUAAUUGCGCAUCUAGGUACUGCCUCGAGCGUUUAGGCGCCGGCCACACUCGCAUCAAGCAGAUGCUGUACAAUGGCCCCAAAGUUGUUCACAACCAGAUCAUCCCGUGGACGAAUGACGCCGACUGGAUUUUGAGCGACAGCAUCUCGGACAACCCGCAGUUCCAACAGUACGAGCGCUGGGUCAACAAGGACUGGCAAGCGAUGCUCGAGAGCGACUUUGCUGUCCUCUCGAGCCCCCGGCGCCGCGAUUUCUCCAGUGCGCCGUGAUGAGUUUCUGUAUCGGCAAUGAAUGAAUAGAUCUCUCCAUGUGUUUCAAAGGCAA